GCGGGAGCAAGGCCAAGGGUGGGAGGUAAGAGGCAUCCCUGGGAGCAGGAAGUAGGGGCCGUGUGCUGCUGGUCGGGACCCUCGCGUAUGUGGUCCUCCUGAUGGCAGCCAGGUUGGAGACAGUGGUCUGAGGCCUCAGAGACAGGCAGGGCCAAGACUUGAGGUCCUGCGUAAGAUAUGCCUGAUACAUUGGGAAUCUAUUUUGGUUUAACAGGUACGCGUGUACAUACACAUAAAACACACAUACACAAGCACUGUCAUAUGUGAAGAAGAUAACAGCUAUCUGUUGCUGGUGGGAAUCCAGCCACAUUUUACUUCUUCCCAUAUUUUUGAUAUGUUUAAAGCUUUCUACAAUAAAGACAUUUUAAUUUUAUAACAGGAAAAUGGUUUGUGGACAGUUUUAGAAAGGGAGGCGGAACAGUAAGCGUUUUUUCCAAAGUUAAAACUGGCAAAAAGAAUAAUUCCAGGGCUUCCCUGGUGGCGCAGUGGUUAAGAAUCCACCUGCCAAUUCAGGGGACAUGGGUUCAAGCCCUGGUCCAGGAAGAUCCCACAUGCCAUGGAGCGACUAAGCCCAUGCGCCACAACUACUGAGCCUGCGCUCUAGAGCCUGCGAGUCACAACUACUGAAACCUGUGUGCCUAGAGCCCGUGCUCCACAACAAGAGAAGCCACCGCAAUGAGAAGCCCGCGCACCGCAACGAAGAGUAGCCCCCGCUCGCUGCAGCUAGAGAAAAGCUCUCGUGCAGCAACAAAGACCCAACGUGGCCAAAAAUAAAUAAAUAAAUAUUUUUUAAAAAAUAAUUUCAUGUUUUAGUCUAUAGACAGAGACUAGUUGUCCUUUUUCAAUAUAUUGAAUCUUAUAAGAUUGUUUAGAAAAGUAGAAACAAAUUGCUUUUUAAAUGUGAGAAGUGUAACUGCUGCCUUAUAAAAUUAGUUUCUAGAAUUAAAAAAUAUACUUUGUCUAUAUAUCCUGCAUUAUGUAUUUGUUUCAUUCACUGGUAUAUCCGUUUAUUUAAUAUUCAGACACUUCCCUUCCUGACCACCUACUAUGAGCAAGGUACUAUGCUAGGCCCUGGGGGUGCCACAGAGAGUCAGGAAGAACCCCCCACCUUCUAGGGGUUCUUACUGGAGUGGGGAGAAAUGGAUGUGGUAGAGACAGUACUCACCAAAUAUUUAAAUGCCUUCUUACAUUUCCCAGCCUCUGGGGCCGUGUGACUAGUUCUGUCUAGGGAACUGUGCCCAGAGUGAUGCAUGUCACAGCUAAGGCAGCUAUGAGCUGGUAUGACUGCUCCAGCUCUGCCUACCCCUGCAAUGAUGACCUCAGGAGUCACACAUGCCAGAUGGCAUAGCUAUAAGAUGGACAGGGCCGCUAGACUGUAUUAAAUCUUUCAUGAGUGAGAUAGAAAUCUUUUCUGUGUUAAGCUAUUACCCUCCUUUUUAAAAAUUGUGGUAAAAUGUACAUAAUGUAAAAUUUAUCAUUUUAACCAUUUUUAAGCAUGCAGUUGAGUGGCAUUAGUACAUUUGCAGUGUAUACCCUUGUUUUUAACAGAUAACCAGAUAGGCUCUCAUUUGACUUUGUGAACAUCCUGUUCACCUACAACUUUUUAGUAUCCCACUCCGUGACCUGUGGGCCAAAUCUGCCACCUCUUUUUGUAAUAAAGUUUUUGUUUGUUUCUUAGUUUUUAUUUUUUUAAUUUAUUUUUGGCCAUGCCAUGUGGCAUGCAGGAUCUUAGUUCCCUGACCAGGGAUUGAACCCAUGUCCCCUGUAGUGGAAGCACCGAGUCUUAACCACUGGACCAUCAGGGAAGUCCCUAAAUUUUUAUUUUAUAUUGGAGUAUAGUUGAUGAACAAUGUUGUGUUAGUUUCAGGUGUACAGCAGAGUGAUUCAGUUAUACAUGUAUUUAUUCUUUUUCAAUUUCUUUUCCCAUUUAGGUUAUUACUGAAUAUUGGGCCGUGUUCCCUGUGCUAUACUUUAGGUCGUUGUUGGUUAUCCAUUUUAAAUAUAGCCGUGUGUAUAUGUCAGUCCCAAACUCCCAAUCUAUCCCUCCCCGCCAGCCUUCCUACCUGGUAACCAUAAGUUUGUUUUCUAAGUCUGUGAGUCUCUUUCUGUUUUGUAAAUAAGUUCAUUUGUGUAAUAAAGUUUUAUUGGGACACAACCACGCCCAUUCAUUUAUGUAUUGUCUAUGGCUACUUUCACGCUAAAAUGCCAAAGUGAAGUAGUGACAGAGACCAUAUAACCUGCAACACCUAACAUAUUUACUCUCUGGCCCUUUAUGGAAAAAGUUUGCUGACCCCUGCUUUAUGGAACAGGUAUUUAAGUUUUUAUUUUUAUUAAAAUAAUACAUGCACAUAUUUGAAAAGGAAAUAGCACUAAAAGUUUUAUUUUUAAAAAGGCGAGCCCUGCUGCACUGUUCUUCGCACCAGCACCACUCCUAAGAGAUGUUUCUUUCUUUUACUUGUCUUUUCUGGCAUUUAUAGUUCUAAGUAAUAUCCUCAUUCCACUAUUUCUUGAUUUAACAAUUUUAGACAUAACUAUUGACUAACCUAGUAUAGGCCACUAUCCUACUUUUUAGUGCAAGAUUAUAAAUAAAUUUACCAUUUCUUAACUGAAAGGUAAUGUUUUAUGAUCAUUUAGUUUUCUGCAUUUUCAUCAUAAUGUAUGUAAGAAAAUUAACAAGAACUUAGCAAUAACUAACAUUUAUUUAGUAUUUCACAUGUGCCAGGCACUCUUCUGAUGUAGUUUUUUUUUAAGUUGAAGUAUAGUUGAUUUACAAUGUUGUGUUAAUUACUGCUGUACAGCAAGGUGAUUCAGUUUUAUAUAUAUACACACACACACACAUUCUUUUUUUAAUAUUCUUUUCCAUUAUGGUUUAUCAUAGGAUAUUGAAUGUAGUUCUCUGCUGUACAGUAGGCCCUUGUUGUUGAUCCGUUCUAUAUAUAAAAGCCUACAUCUGCUCACCCCAACCUCCCACUCCAUCCCUCCCCCAAGCUUCUCCCCCUUGGCAACCACCAGUCUGUUCUCUAUGUCUGUGUUUCUGUUUCUGUUUUGUAGAUAGGUUCAUUUGUGUCAUAUUUUAGAUUCUACAGAUAAGUGAUACCAUAUGAUAUUUAUUUUUCUCUUUCUGACUUAAUUUCAUUUAGUAUGAUAAUCUCUAGUUGCAUUAAUGCAGUUUUUAUGCAGUUUCUCAUUUAAUCUUUACAGAACCCCUAGGAAAUGUAGAUACUAUUGUUAUCUCCAUUUUCUAGAUGAUGAAACGUCAUUUAGAGAGAUUAUGUGAUUUUUCUCUUGGUCAAGACCUCGUGGGUGAUGGAGCCAGAAAUCACCACUUGGAAUGUCAGCUCUUAAACACCAUCUUGGAACACUGCGUGGGGAAUCAUACUGGUUGACGUUCAUAGAUUUGUGGUCCUACUGGUCUUCUGUGCCAUCUGGCUCUUCCAUUGUGUCAUGUCUGUUACACUCCCCCCUGCUGGCGUGUUGGCUCCGCGACAGCAGUUCAGCUACCGUGGCCUAUGUUUCCUCUUCAACCGCACAGAGGUCAGGGUCAUGAUGCCCAUAUAGCAGAGGUCAACCUGAAUCAACAUGUCUGGGACUGAAGAAGCAAUUCUUAGCGGCCGUGACAGCCAUCCUGCUGGUGGCAACUCUGUAUUAUGCUUUGGUCAGUACCAAUACACAGCAGAAGAGUACCAGGCCAUCCAGAAUGCUCUGAGGCAGAGGCUGGGCCCAGAAUACAUAAGUAGCCGCGUGGCUGGAGGAGGCCAGAAGGUGUGUUACAUCGAGGGUCACAGGGUAAUUAAUCUGGCCAAUGAGAUGUUUGGCUACAAUGGCUGGGCACACUCUAUCACACAGCAGAACGUGGAUUUUGUUGACCUUAACAAUGGCAAGUUCUACGUGGGCGUCUGUGCGUUUGUGAGAGUCCAGCUGAAGGUGAGGGUGAUGGAGGGGACAUGCUGCCUGCAGGCACGGGGCAGGUGGGAGAGUGAGCAGGAUGGUUCGUAUCACGAGGACGUGGGCUAUGGUGUUAGCGAGGGCCUCAAGUCCAAAGCCUUGUCUUUGGAGAAGGCAAGGAAGGAGGCAGUGACCGAUGGGCUGAAGCGAGCACUGAGAAGUUUCGGGAAUGCACUUGGGAAUUGUAUUCUGGACAAAGACUACCUGAGGUCGCUAAACAAGCUCCCACACCAGCUGCCUCUUGAAGUGGAUUUAACUAAAGCAAAGAGACAAGACUUUGAACCAUGUGUGGAACAAGCCAGAUACAGCAGCUGCCGACGGAACCCGACUCUGGGACCCCCCAGACCACAGGAGGUGACGUCUCCUUGCAGACCAAGCCACCACGUUGUGAUGCAGGGGAUGAGGACAGCGGCUCCGGGUGCGGGCUGCGUGCCCUCCCCGCCCCUGCUCCUUCCCAGAAGCCCGACCUCCGCUGCCACAGAGAGCGAUGCCACGUACCAGCGGAAGCUCCGGCAAAGACAGCUGCAGCAGCGGUUCCGGGAGCAGAUGGAGAAACAGCAGCAGGAACCCCCGUCUGGCCCACCUGCCGAGAAGCAGGGUCCUGCAGCGCUGCCACCGGUGCCACCUGCCGGAACUGCUGCUUCAGAGCCGCUCACCCAGACAGACGUGCUUCCAGCACCUCGUUUGUUGAUGCUGCAUUUGCUUGUGACCUCUGUCCUUGCAGACAGUCUUGAAAUGUGGGACAUGGCUCUAGAUGCAGGGGACAGUGUGGUCAAGCCCUUGUCUAAACCAGAACCGCCACAGGCCCCUGCCACCUCCGUCCUGCAGAACGAGAUGGAGACCUGGAACAGGACCCCACAGAGCCUUUGCCACCAGAAUCCACAGGCAAAAUCUGGACCCUGGCACCUUCAAACUUACAACCUUAACCAACACAUAACAGGAGACGAUGAUUCAUAUAGGAAGAACCAGGACACGAAGAAAAGGAAAUUGGAUUCAUCUUGACCAAGGCUCCGUUCACCUCACUGGAUUCUGUCACAAAGGGACUUUCAAAAACUGCUUGUUGGUCAUGAAAUGACUCAUGAUUCCUAGGGAAUGAGCUUUACCUCCGGGGAUUUACCUUGCUUCAUGCUCAACUUCGCCAGAGGAUUUCACUAUUGGGACCUGACGCAGAUCAAGCUGGGCAGAUUGGGAAGCCCUGCGGAGAUUAAACAAACACACACCUUUUCUUUGGCUCUUCACUAUUUACUCCUAAGCUUUCAUGGUAAUAAAGGCAGAAAUUCUAGGAAUCUCAGUGGCCACUUUCCCCACGCACCAACCUCGACAGCGGCCUGCGGUAUGUCACUGUGUGACCUCUGACCCCUUUCGCUGCCACUCAUCUACAACCAUCUGUCACUUAUAGGCGCAUCAUGAAACUACCUCCAUUUUUUCCUAAUAAGGAAAUAAUCUAAGACCAAAGAAAAGGCAUUUUAAGAAAGCAAAAUAAAAUCCUACUUUGUAACAAAAUAA